ACCUCGCUUAUUUUAUAAGGAGAACAGGUGAUUUGGAGUCGUGGAGAAUUCACAGUGUUUCCACAAUGGGAGAAAGGACAGAUUGUACGAAGUCGCAUAGUUCACUGGCUGAAUACAGCCCUGUCAAUAAAUCAGACGGGACAGAUCCAAGUGACAGCUGUGAAAUGCAGGAUGGAAACCAAAAUACAAUGCAACUGAAGAAAGAAAUAUCUUUGAUAAAUGGGAUAAGCCUUAUAGUAGGCAACAUGAUUGGUUCAGGUAUCUUUGUCUCUCCCAAAGGAGUUCUCAUCUACAGCAAAUCCUAUGGAUUGUCUCUAAUAAUUUGGGCAAUCGGAGGAAUUUUUUCAGUCUUUGGAGCUCUCUGCUAUGCUGAACUUGGAACCACUAUUACGAAGUCAGGAGCCAGCUAUGCAUAUAUCUUGGAGUCUUUUGGGAGCUUCAUUGCUUUUAUUCGUUUGUGGACUUCACUGCUAAUUGUUGAGCCAACUAGUCAGGCAAUUAUUGCCAUCACUUUUGCAAACUACAUAGUUCAACCUUUCUUCCCUUCUUGCGAUCCUCCAUAUUUGGCUUGCCGUCUCAUAGCAGCUGCUUGUGAAUGUCUUCUAACGUUUAUAAAUUGUGCCUAUGUUAAAUGGGGAACACGGGUGCAGGAUAUAUUUACUUAUGCUAAAGUUACUGCUCUUAUUGUCAUAAUCAUAACCGGACUUGUUAAAAUAUGCCAGGGACAUACAUCGCAUUUUGAGAACUCUUUUGAGGGAUCCUCUUUUGAUAUUGGAGACAUUUCCCUCGCACUCUAUUCUGCCUUGUUCUCUUACUCUGGUUGGGAUACACUCAAUUUUGUAACAGAAGAGAUCAAAAACCCAGAAAGGAACUUGCCACUGGCUAUUGCAGUGUCUAUGCCAAUUGUGACUGUUAUAUAUAUUAUGACCAAUAUAGCUUACUAUACAGUGCUGGAUGUUGAAGCUGUUCUUUCUAGUGAUGCUGUGGCAGUGACAUUUGCUGACCAGGUAUUUGGUAUCUUCAGCUGGACGAUUCCCAUUGCUGUAGCCUUUUCUUGUUUUGGUGGACUUAAUGCAUCAAUUCUAGCAUCAUCGAGGCUAUUUUUUGUAGGAUCUCGAGAAGGUCACCUUCCUGAUCUGUUAUCUAUGAUCCACAUAGGGAGGUUCACACCUGUUCCAGCACUGCUCUUCAAUUGUGUUAUGACCCUUAUUUACCUGGCUGUGGAAGAUGUCUUCAAGCUUAUUAAUUACUUCAGUUUCAGUUACUGGUUUUUUGUUGGUCUGUCUAUUGCUGGGCAAUUAUAUCUACGUUGGAAGGAACCAGAUAGACCCAGGCCUCUUAAGCUGAGUGUGGCUUUCCCAAUAAUAUUUUGUAUAUGCACAGUAUUCCUGGUGGUCGUGCCACUCUAUAGUGACACUAUAAAUUCAUUGAUUGGAAUUGCCAUUGCUUUAUCUGGAAUUCCAGUCUUUUUCUUGGGAGUCUAUUUACCUGCAUCAAGGAGACCACAGUUUAUCAACAAGAUUUUAGGUGCAGUUACACGAAACAUGCAGCUGCUCUGUUACUGUGUUUUAACAGAGAUGGACACAAAUGAAGGAAAGCAGUUAGAAAUCAAAUCCAAGUAAAAUUUCAAAGCCCUAACAAGAAACAGGAGGGAGGAUAAAGCAAUGAUGACAACAAAAGGGAAGAGAUGGAACUGAAAAAACCACAAAAACUGUUUCCAGUGGUCUUUAAGAAGCACUGAAAAUGUACUUGCUUGCAGUUGGAUUCCCACAGAUUGUGCCCUUGCACCACCCUCCUAAACUGUGGCAUAUUUUCAGGGCAUGUUUUCAACGGAUAAUGAUUACCUGCUCAUUUCAGGCACACAAGCUGUGUGUCAAUACUGUUCCUUCUUCAGAAUUGGUAUUAAAAUGGUAAGAGCUAAUGGAUCAAAUUAGAUUUCUUCAGAACCAAACAGUGAAGUAAUGCAUUUUUAAGUUAGACUGAAAACAACUCUGUCUCAAAAGACCAAAAGUCAUUUCCAGCUUAAUUCUGAUGGAUGUUUGCAUGAAAUGAUUUGCUGUGCUAUCUCAGUUCUUAUCCCAGAAGACAACUGGUUACAACAAACUACCUGAUUUGUCAUUAUUAUCAGAAAAAUGAAUAAAGUUGUGCUACAUUAUUUAAAGACUGAACCAACCUUUCUCCCUUAAAGAUAAGUAUUCCGUAUGCUAUGUGGAAGUGUGGUAUCUGACUGUGGCAAAGAUUUAAUCAACAAAGCACCUCAGCACUGAAGAUUCGAUUAACAUUUGAUGAUUCUUUACUGUUAGCUUUUUAGUACUUGGUCAAAUUCUGAUAGGCUUUAUGAAACUUCCAAAAUUAAAAUGUUCUGUUUGAAACUUGUAAGCAGUUGUUUCUGAACUGUUUCAGUCAACACACAUUAGCAGUAUUACCUCAGUAGUCAGAAAAUGCCCUUUCUAAAUUACAGUGCUGUUCACUAGAAAAUGACCAUCCGAAAUAUCACAGAACAAACCACUUACCUUUUUUAAUUCUAUAGCAGUAGUUCACUUCUGUGGCAGCAACUAUACCUUGAAAGCUAAGGAGCAGGGAGAAAAAACAGGACUAAGAAAUUAAAAGUAAUAUUGCAAUAACAACUGAUGGUAAUUAAUAGUAUUUAUAAUUCCAAAGCUGUAAGCCUAAUCAUCAGGACACUUUGAUACUGAAUUUUGGUGCAGCAAAAGGUAACAUGACACCAGCCCGUUUAGCUAGCAGAGUGAGAUAAACUUCAAAAACAUACCUGAAAUUUUUCUUAGUUCAGAGUGUUUACCUCAGGUGACCUGAGUUUGUCCACAUGUGCAGUUUUUUUGUGCAUGUAAAUUUAACUAAAUCUUGUAAUUGCAGUAUUGUGGGUGAAGCAAUGCACACUUCAGACAGUGCACCACAUUUGCAUCAGCUACUUGGAUAAUAGUGAAAAUAUUUAGAUACUUGCAUUAACUCCCUGACCAAGGCUAUCUUAAACAAAAAGCUACAGAUACUUUUAAGUGGUAGUAGAUGGUGAAGACUAAUAUAAAAUGGAGUCUUGGGCUACCUUUAUGCAGCAACACUGGGGUUAAAAUAAUUAAAUUCUAGCUGAGGAACUUUGUGCACAGCUGGCACAAACAUGUAGGGUCUUAAAUGCUAAUUUUCAUUAAACUAUUACAAUAUAGCUUUUUGAUCUUGCAUAGGAUCUAGUAGGCUCUCUGUAUCUCUGAGAUGUUGUUCAGUCUAGCUUUAACAGGCUAGGGUUGUGCCACUGGUUAACAGCCCUAUUAACCUUUCUGUGAAACCAAGGAAAAAAAUAUUUUGCCUCCACUACCUUGACAUCACCAGCCAGAGUUGACCUACAGUCAGUGCUGCAACCUGCUGCUUCUGAAUGACAUUGAUCUAACAUCACAUUAGCUAUUUUUUACAGACUCAAGGAGGAAAGUGCUGCAAUACUCUGUGUGUCCAAACAGGUAAGAUUAAAUUGUUCAGAGAUGGAUGAAUGCAAGAUAAAAUACUGACGUGGCUUCAGCUGUACCAACUCCUAUGAUCUUUAAAUGAGUAAAGAAAACCUAGUCAAAAAUUCUUUAUUUACAGUUUAAAUACAUCUAUAUUGUUCUGCUCCAGUAGUAGAAUUACUGGAGAGAGAUCCAGCAAUGAAACAGACAGGUCAAGGCAUUUCUUAUGCUCAAACACAUGUAAAGAAAGUAACUUGAAACAGUAACAAGUACAGUAGAAAGCAGCAGAACAGAGUACCUUUUCCUACAACUUGCACUUGCCCUCACAGCAGACAUGUUGAUCUUUUUAUGCAACCUGACAGUUUAGUCAUGACCAGAAGGACAGCUGCCAGCAGUACCUCCAUAUGUAAUGUGGAGGUAAUUUUGGUACAGGUAUAAAUGCCUGGGCAUGCAGCUUGGCAGGUUCCUUCAGAAUGUCAGCAUCACAAAAUUUUAAAGUAUGCAGUAACUUUUGCUUGGAAUGAAAAUUUGUCAAGUGGCCAUAUUCACAUCCAUCUGUUUAACAUCUACCAGCUGAAAUUGUCUGCUCAGAUAAGUAAAAGGUUUUAGCAUUUACUGGAAUCCCAAUCUAGUCUCUAAUAAUUAAGCCUAGUCAGUAAGCAUUAGGAUGAACCAUGCUAGUCACCAACAGUUCCAGAAGGCAGUUCAGGGAAAAAUUUAACUUAAAGUUCAUCCACAUGAAGACCAGGACAGUAGGAAAUGAAUGAGCACAACUUUUACCAGGAAGUUGUUUUCCGGGGGGCUUUUUUUGGGGUGGGGUGUGUUUUUUAGUCAAUGUUCUUACGAACAGCCCUCAGCAGCUGUGUGGAUUUUCAUUCAGUUCUACUCCAACAGUAGCAUUUCAUCUUCA